CAACGUUUGAAAAUGUCAAAAAUGACCGGAAAAGCGAAAUGUCAUCAGAAGCAUUGAUAAAAUAAAUAUUUAUUUUUACAUUAAAAACGUAGUAUUUUCUACGUAAUUAAUAUUAAGUUUCUAAAUUUCUAUGUACAAAAUGGAAACCAAAGUAGCAAUAGUAACUGGAGGCAACAGAGGCAUAGGAUUCGAAAUAGUGAAAGGGCUGUGCCAAAAGUUUGAUGGUGCUGUGUACCUUACUGCUAGAAACGAGGAAAGAGGACGACAAGCCGUUGAGAAAUUACAAGAUUUAGGCCUAAAACCUCUAUUCCACAUAUUGGACGUCACAUGUGAAAAAAGUAUUCAAGAUUUAGCUACACACAUCGCAACACAUCACUCUGGAAUCGAUGUUUUGGUAAACAACGCCGGCAUCCUAGACUUCGAUAAGGCUAUCUCAUCUCACGAAGACGCCAAGAAACUCAUCGAUACCAACUUUAUGAGUUUGUUGACCAUUUCUAAGAUAUUAUACCCUCUACUUUCCAACACAGCCAGAAUAAUAAACAUAAGCAGUGAUUGGGGCCUAUUAUCCAACAUACGUAAACAAGUCUGGCUAGACACAUUGGUUAAGGAGGACCUUACGGUUGAAGAAAUAUUAGAGUUUGUAAAUGAGCUGUUGCGAGCAGCUAAAAAUGGUAGGAGUUCAUUUGUUUCGAUGGCAGGGCAUUUUGGAGAUUACAAAGUGUCAAAAGUGGCUAUGUCAGCACUAACAUUUGUACAGCAACGGCAAUUUCUGGCACAAGGCAAAGACAUUUCCAUUAACUGUGUCCACCCUGGAUUUGUAAUGACUGAUAUGACAAAAGGAAUGGGUGACUUCACUCCAGAGCGAGGGGCACGGGCACCUCUGUACUUGGCCCUGGAGGCACCCCAGUCACUCAAAGGAGCGUUCAUUUGGCAUGACUGUCAUCAUGUCAAUUGGGAUGACUAAGGAUGUAAUGGCUUUUAAAAUUGUUAGUGUUACAACCAUGUUAAUCCUGUGAUAUCAGUGUCACAUGCACUUUAAACUAAAAUAUAUGAUUUCUUUUA